AUGGGUAUUUGCCUGGGCAAGCAGCAACCAUUGCCGCUCUGGAUGGACCUCCCGGUGGAGCUCGCUGGCCUCAUCCUGUGCCGACUGCUAUCGCCCACGGACCGGCUCCGCUUCAUAGCCAUCUGCCGCCAGUGGUGCCUCACCGCGAAGCAGCAGCAUCCGUUGCCACUGGCACUGCCGUGGCUCCGCUUAAACUACGACACCUUCCAAAGCCUCCCCGACGGUCAGCUGCGUCACUACUGCAUGUCCCUGGGAUUUUUCUCACCGGUCUGCAUCUCUGACGGCUGGCUGCUCUGCCUACGGUCUAGUUCCGGUCCUGAUGAUGAGCUAUUCUUGACGAAUCCUUUCACUAAAGACACCAUUAAGCUGCUCGUACCUGACAAUUGCGUAAGUUCACUCGGUGGGUUCCUCGCUAUGUCCCGAUUGCACAAGAUGAUAGUUUGCCGAGGUGACCUCAUCACCGCGAUCUUCUUCGGCGGCUAUGUUUGCUUCUACCGGCCGGGCACUCCCUCAUGGCAGGUAUGUCCACAUGAUCUUCGCGGUGAAUGGUACAAAGACAUCGCCUUCCACCAUGGCAAGGUCUACGUGCUUACUACCAAGGAGGACCUUUUCGCCUUCGAGGCCGGCGACAGCGAAGCAGCGGAGGUGUCUAGGGCAUCCCAUGUCGAGCAUAAGAUCAGGGCCGUACAUCAGCUACAGCCUCCGGCGGCGAAUCUUGAGAAGCUUUUGGCCAAACGCUACCUCUUCACAUCGUCUGCCAAGCUGUUGAUGGUUGAAUUGAUCGACCACGGUGUUCCUUUUCAACGUAUCCUUGGUCCCUGA